GCGCCACUAUUGUUCUACAAUGUCGUAAAAGGGAAACCCUGAAACGCACGACCGCUACUACCACUAUCAGUACCAGUGCAACUUUUCCGAUAGGCGCGAUCUCAUGUUGGCGGCUCUACGAUCCCGUUCACUCUCUCUCUACUCUUCACCUUCUUCAUCUAUCCUUCAACAAUGGAAGCUAGGGUUUCCUGCUCUGGAGCGCGCUUUCUCCUCAUCCGCCAACGGAGGCCUUCUUGAUCUCCAAGAGGUCGAGAAGGUUCUCAGCGACGUCAAGGCGGACGACGUGAAGGUCAUUCCAGCAAACGACCUCUGUGAAUGGGCCGAUUUCAUGGUUCUCGCCACCGGAAAGUCCGCGUGGCACGUCAAGAACAUUGCUCAAGCCCUAAUUUACAAGUCUAAGCAAAAGCAGAAAGGAGCUCAGCGGCUGGUGCUUCCCAGUGUGGAAGGGCAAGAGGGAGGAAAGUGGAUUGUCAUUGACUCUGGCAAAGUUAUAGUUCAUGCUCUUGAUGAGAAGGCUAGAGCGUACUACAAUUUGGAGGAUCUUUGGUCCAAGAAGAAGCCUGAAGAAGAUACAAUUCAGGAUUUGGAGAAGGCUUUUGUGAAGAUUCGUCCCAAGAACAACUCCAAGAGGAAACCGAAACCAGCACUGAAAAGGGCAUAGUAUCAGUUUUCAGAUACACGAGAUGCUUCCAUCCAACCUUUGCCAUUUUAGCAUCAUGAAGCUCAUCGUGAAGCUCCAUGAUCGUUCUAAAUGUACAUUGUGGAUUUGUUAUCUAAUUCAAUUUUUUUUCUUUCCAUUUUGCCAAUUAGACUUGAAGACAUAAUCUGUGACUUUAAUGUCAAAAAGAAAGGGAGUGAGAAGAAUGAAGAAUGUUAAUCAGUAA